GGGUCUUAGUGAAUCUCCCCCUUAGACUUUCUUCUCCAUUAUUUGUGGAUAUUUUGCUUCUAGAUGUGGAUGAGUGUUUAGACUAUGCCACCAUAUGCCCUCUGGGAAGCUGUGUGAACACACUGGGGUCCUAUUUCUGUGCAGAGAUUCCAGCGGGAAUGCAGACCACAGGCCUCCCUUGGGAAACACAGGCAGCACAUGGGAACUGGAUGCCAUUCCAGCCAACAUCAGUAAUGCCCCAGACAUCUGAGUCACUGACUACUGGUGGCCCUCACCCUCUCAGGACCAGCACUGAGUUAGCACAAGGCAUUUUCUACUACUACCUCGGCACCAAACAACACAAACAUCAUACCACAUCCACAGCACCUCAGAAUUGGCCACCCUCCACUAGCUCAGAAAGCCUCUGGAAUUUCCCAUAUGCCUCUGAAAGAAAACAUGGUAGCCCAAUCAGGUACCACCACUGUAUCAUUCACUAACGUGCCAGAUUCCCACUGCUGGCAUAACAGGGAGCUGCAUUUAAGUGGUGCUACAUGGGCAGAACUGAGAUGUACUGACUGCACUUGCCAGGAUGGAAAUGUAUCUUGUGAAAAAAGGAUAUGCACCCCAAACAGUUCACACCCCGUCAUGUAUCUUGACAGCUGACGGAUGCCUUUUUGAGGGAGUUUCUGGGGUAGAUGGAGAGCUUUUCCCAAAUUCUCCAGACAAUUGCACAAUCUGCAUCUGCCUGGCUGGAAAUGUCACAUGUAUCCCUCCUGUGUGCCCUCCUGUUACAUGCACUGACCCCUUCCUAUCAGACUGCUGCCUCAGAUGCCCAGAUGGAUGUGAAUUCCAAGAUCAUUUUUAUCCCCAUGGAUCCAAAUUUAGCAGGGAUGAUAAUGGAUGCACCUCUUGUUUAUGUCAGAACGGCGCUGUUGAAUGUUCGUUUAUUCCAUGUCCCAGUCUAGAAUGUCCCAGAGAGAACUGGGUGCUGGAGGCCGGCCAGUGUUGCUUUAAAUGCCAGGAACCCAUGCAAAGGACAGCGAACAGCUGAAUUCGGACGCCUCUCCGAAAUUUAUAAGCCUCCUGAUGGUCGGCUGACCAAGGAGACGCAAAUCGGAGAGGGCGGCACUGGAGCCGUGUUCAUGGGCCAUCACCAUCGCAGAGGCAAGGUAGCCGUCAAGAUGGCCAACAUCACUCGGGAUGAGGAGUCAGUCUGCCGAGAGGUAAGCUUUCUCCUGAAGUUCAGCAGGCACAGGAACAUCGCCUCUUACUAUGGAGCUUAUUACCACCCUGCUCCAAACGAGGAGUCAUCGGAGUAUCUGGAGCUUGUCCUUGAGUACUGCAGCGGCGGCUCCCUGUACGACCUGAUCGACAGCACCGAAGGCCAAUCCCUGAAGGAGACCUGGAUUGGCUAUGUCUGCAGGGAGGUAUUGAAGACUCUCAACCACAUCCACCACCACCGGGCCGUUCACAGGGACAUCAAGAGCCCCAACGUGAUGCUCACCAAGAAGGGAAACAUCAAACUCAUCGAUUUCGGACUCUGCUGGGACCUGGACCCACAGACAGGAAAGUGCAACCAGGCUGAUGGGACUGCGCACUGGAUGGCGCCCGAGGCCUUUAGGAGGAGGGACAGGGAACCGGAAUUCGACACCAAAUGUGACAUCUGGUCCCUUGGAAUCACUGCCAUCGAAAUGGCCGAGGGAAAAACACCAUACGCCGAUCAGGAGCUAGUGUCGGACCUGAUCAUCAACAACGACUCUCCGAGGCUCAUAUCAAGGACCUGGUGAGUCCUUCCCAGCUCAUGUCACUGUGCGAUGCUGAUACUGCAACUCUGUGUGUCUCUCA